CCGGCCCCGGGCAGGGCUCGGCCGGCCCAGCCCCAGCCCCAGCCCCAGCCCCAGCCCCCGGCGCAGCCCCAGCCCCAGCCCAAGAGCCGGGAGCUCUUCAGGAGCCAGCGGAAGGAGUCCGAGGGCUCGGUGGAUUGCCCCAACCUGGAGUUCGAAUACGGGGAUGCUGACGGCCACGGCGCCGAGUUAGCAGAGCUGUACAGCUACACCGAGGAGCCCGAGCUCAGCACCAACAGGAGAUGCUUCGAGGAGGAUUUUCACGCUCAAGUGCAGGGCAGGAGGUGGCUGGAGCUGGAUGGGGCUCAGCAGAAGGCCUACAUCAUGCGCCUGCUGGAUGGGCUGGAGGUGGUCAACAGGGACAAGCGGCUCAAAGUGGCACGGGCCAUCCUCUACCUGGCACAGGGCGUCUUCGGAGACUGCGAUAAUGAAGGUGAUGUCCUGCACUGGUCUCGGCACAACAGCUUCCUCCUGUACCAGCUGGGAACCUUCACCGCCUUCCUGGAGCUCCUCAACAUGGAGAUUGACAACAGCCAGGCCUGCAGCAGCGCCCUGAGGAAGCCGGCCAUCUCGCUGGCCGACAGCACGGAGCUCAGGGUGCUGCUCAGUGUCAUGUACCUGAUGGUGGAGAACAUCCGUGUGGAGCAGGAGAUGGAACCCCCCGAGUGGAAAACCUGCCGGGAGACCUUCAGGAUGGAGCUGAGUUUCCCCGUGCACACUGAAGAGCCGUUUGCUCUUCUGCUCUUCACGAUGGUGACCAAGUUCUGCAGUGGCCACGCUCCACACUUCCCCAUGAAGAAGGUCCUCCUCCUGCUCUGGAAGGUGCUUCUGUUCACGCUGGGUGGAUUUGAAGCCCUGCAGGCGAUGAAGGUGAGGAAGCGGGAGGAGCUGGGGCUGCCGCCCUUGCCGGAGGACAGCAUCCAGGUGAUGCGCAGCAUGCGCGCCGCCUCGCCUCCCACCUACUCCAUCGAGCUCAUGGAGCAGCAGCAGCAGAAGCGUGGUCACCGCAGCCGGAGGCCCCUGGUGAAGCAAGACAGUUUGGAUAUCUACAACGAGAGAGACCCCUUCAAGAAUGAUGAAGCAGGAGUCGACGAAGAGGAGAACGAUGAUGUGGACAGCGGGAUCGAGGGGGAACUGGACCUGAUGGAGCGGGAUGCGAUUAUCCCUGCGAUGCCUGCUCAGCGCCCACCUAUCGAAAGGGUGUCGUUCCCCAAAGGGCUCCCCUGGGCCCCCAAAGUCAGACAGAAAGACAUCGAGCAUUUCCUGGAAGCAAGCAGGAACAAAUUCAUCGGAUUCACGCUGGGACAAGACACCGAAACCCUGAUAGGGCUACCACGGCCCAUCCAUGAAAGCGUGAAGACACUGAAGCAGCACAAGUACGUUUCCAUCUCAGACAUCCAGAUCAAGAAUGAGGAGGAGCUGGAGAAGUGCCCCAUGUCUCUGGGGGAAGAGGAAGUCCAAGAAACCCCUUGUGAGAUCUUGUAUCGAGCAAUGUUGUACAAUCUCCCCCAGUAUAUGAUAGCUUUGCUGAAGAUCCUCCUUGCUGCAGCGCCCACCUCCAAAGCCAAGACUGACUCCAUCAAUAUCCUGGCAGACGUGUUGCCUGAAGAGAUGCCCAUCACUGUUCUUCAGAGCAUGAAACUGGGGAUUGACGUGAACAGACACAAAGAGAUCAUCGUGAAGAGCAUCUCGGCUUUGCUGCUGCUGCUCCUCAAGCACUUCAAGCUGAACCACAUCUACCAGUUUGAGUACGUGUCCCAACAUUUGGUGUUUGCCAACUGCAUCCCGCUGAUCCUGAAGUUCUUCAACCAAAACAUCAUGUCUUAUAUCACUGCCAAAAACAGCAUUUCCGUCCUGGAUUAUCCGCACUGUACAGUCUAUGAUUUGCCCGAGCUCACUGCAGAAAGCCUGGAAGCCGGAGACAACAACCAGUUCUGCUGGAGAAAUUUAUUCUCCUGCAUUAACUUGCUGAGGAUCCUCAACAAGCUGACCAAGUGGAAACACUCAAGGACAAUGAUGCUGGUAGUCUUUAAGUCAGCCCCAAUACUGAAACGGGCUCUGAAGGUGAAGCAGGCCAUGAUGCAGCUGUAUGUCCUCAAGCUGUUGAAAAUCCAGACCAAAUACCUGGGGCGCCAGUGGAGAAAGAGCAACAUGAAAACCAUGUCUGCCAUUUACCAGAAGGUGCGGCACCGCAUGAACGAUGACUGGGCUUACGGCAACGAUAUCGAUGCCAGACCAUGGGAUUUCCAGGCUGAAGAAUGCACACUGAGAGCCAACAUCGAAGCCUUCAACAGCCGGAGAUACGACAAACCUCAAGACUCAGAGUUUGCGCCGGUGGACAACUGCCUGCAGAGCGUGCUGGGACAGCGGCUGGAGCUCCCCGAGGACUUCCACUACUCCUACGAACUCUGGCUGGAGCGGGAGGUGUUUUCCCAGCCCAUUCGCUGGGAGGAGCUGCUGCACUACCAGUGAGAGCGACACCUUCACGGGCCCCUGGUCCCACCUCAAUAAGGACUCAAGGUGCUACAGGCUGAGGAAAGGAAGAUUAUUUUGGACCUGGGUGUUCUUAAGCACAGCUGGAAAAAAAUUACAGUCUUUCCACAGAGACCAAGCCUCUUUGUAUCUACCCAGACACCCCCGAGUGUGCAACUGCCAUCUUUUUGGAGGUCAUCCCUUUCCUGUGACUUCUUGGAGACCAUACGCUAUCAACGGACCUGCACAGAGGCCACGGACCAGGUUCCAGUGCCAUGCUAGUGGCAGUGUCAAGAGUGAGCUUAUCUGGUCUUUACUGCAGAUUGACACCAGUGUACGAGAGCUCAGAGUCCAGGUCUGUCUCUUAGCUUGGUUCACGCCUGUAACUUUGUUCUAAGAGUAUCUCAACUGUGAAAGGUUUUCAUCUCUCCCGAAUGCCCCACGCUGUGCCCAAUUUGUUUUCAUUUAUUCAGUUAUGGCUGUCCGAUAAUGUGCUUCAAACACCCUACUGCCACGAACAAGCUGUCCUGCUUUGCUAAUGAAGCUGAAAAUAAGAAAUACGUGGCACUGUCUGUGACAGUCGCGAUCAGAGGUGGCAGGUUGACUUGGCCAAAGGAGACAACGUUACCUCUUGGCCCUGGGCUGGCAUUGCUGCUGCUGGGAUUAGACAGCCCAGCUUACCCAGGCUUGCUUCCACAACUGACAAUUUUUGCGUUGUUCACCAAGAACAGUAAUCCAUUACCUUUUCACCGUUCCACUUCCCUCCACCACUCCGUUCACUUACCAUUUGUAUUAGAGUAAAAUGAUGGGUAAGCUGUGCAGUGUUUAGAGCUGUAGAGAAGGUUGAUUGCCACAUUUCUCUCCACCUGAUUGUUUUUGAAGGAUAAUUAGUGCAGAUAGCUUUCUUUAGCUCUUCUAACCCUGGAGGAAACAGUAAAUGCCACAUUAAAUAACCUAAUUUGUACACAGAUUUUUGGUUAUUUGGGGGAUGUUUGUGCCAAGUCUGAAAGUGGGGAGGAAAAGUGCUUUGGUAGACAAUUUAUUGCCAUCAUAUGAGGAAAAGAGCAGGCACUGUGGUCCAUAACUUUCAUAAUGAAUAGCAUAUUGAGCUGUAAAUUUUCUAUAAGGUCCAUGCAAACGCUGCACUUGGGUAAAGCUGCGUUGCAUGAGGAUGGCAGCUGAAGGCAGGGUGGAAACCCUUGUGGGCUGACCUGCUGAAUGAAUCUCAGCCCUUGGUACCACGCAGGGUGACAGUCCCUUCUCCUCGGCCAACGGUGCCACCUGAGGGCUGCACUGAAAAGGCAGGUUGGGCUUCACAGUACUUUCUUUAGUAUUAUGAUGGAGCCUGCAAACUAUAAUCUUUCUCUACAAAAUUUUAUUAGUCCAGCACAGGGAAUCCUGGAUCUAAGCUCCCCAUGAAAGCAGGAGUUCGGCUUUUGUCAAGGAAGCAUGUGUUCAUAUAGUGCAGGCAAGCACAUAGGCCAUACUGUUAUCGAUACAUCAAGCACACAAGUGAUAAAACCACAAGUAGUUGUUAUGACAGGAUUUGUGCUUAUUGCUGUGGAAUUAAACUGAGAAUGUUUCCUUAAUGGGGUUUGUAAAAGGCGCUUUUCAUAGAAACAGCAUUAGUAAACCUGCUCACCUUUUAAAAUAUGCUUUGUUCAAAAUAAACCAGAGCAACUUUUAAAGCAUAUACACUUAAGCUUUUUUCUUCCUGCGCCUUAAUUUAAAUGCUUCCUUUGCUGCUUUUUUUGGUUUUAAAGGACAAAAACAUCCCCCACAAACCAACCUAUUAACUCAGCUCUCACCCCGGCCCCUAUCCACUCUCUCUCUGCUGAGGAAAGGCCUUCUGUCUGACAUACUUUGGAUGUUCUAUUCUGAUGUAUCUAUAGAACUCCUGGGCUGUAGAUG